AAUUAACAUUUUACCUUUCCUUAGUGCUCUCAAUCGUUCAUCACACAAUUAAUCACGACGGUAAAUUGCCACGUAUGUCGUCAUCAACUCAGUAAUAAUUUUGACCUAAGACAAUUUUGCAUAUGGAGUAACGUCAUAGCCAUAACAGUGAAAUUUUCGUACACGGUCCUAAGAUGUCCAGGUAUAUGGUAUUACGGAAUUAGGUUUGUUCGAAAUGAUCGAACGAGAGUUAAUACAAAAGCAGUAUUUACCGAGAGGAACGUUAUCCUAUAAGAAGAGGGAAAAUCGUGGAAAACCGGUACGGGCGACGAACAGAGAUAUCCGAAUCGACGGAGUCACGCAACGUCGGUCGGAUUGCGGAGUAGGGAAGAGGGUUGCGUGGAGGGAGUUCUCGAAGCAAAAGAGGGUAGGGUGUUCGGGGGUAGUCAGCGCCGCCACAGAGGGUGAGUCUCAGUCGCCACUCGGUCAGCCUGCCGUACGGUCGGCUUUCGGUUUCCGUCUGCUUGAUAAAGGGGCGCGCGCGCGCUCUCCCUCUGCCUCGACGAGGCAAGGACAAGGUGCAUCUUCCAUCUGGAAAAAGAUCCUGCGUCCAUUAUCCUGGGACGUCCCCGAAGGUGUCUGGGACGCGUUUUCCGAACGCGUACCGCAACCGGUCAGCGCGUGUGCACCCGACCACGAUCGAUCCUCGGGGCGAUACGAUCCAGAAACGCGAUGGACGGAACCACCCUGCCACGGGACGGAUAACGACGUCGAGCAACGCACGUACCGCCAGGACGUAACUCGCAAUCGUCGAUCCGCAAGGGCGUAGAUUCCAUCGCGUGUCAACGUUGAAGGCCCAUCUGGUUGGUCCUGCGAUCGGUUGGCGUCCGCAUCGGCAGCAGAAUCGGUUUCGGGGACGAGUAUGUGAUCGAGGCUUACUCUACGGUCGCGUUCCCCUGUCUAAGGGAUGUCCUCCUCCGCGGGCACCAGCUGCACCGACGCCGAGGAGGACGCCGAGGAUGUGGAGAACGACGUGGCAGGUAGCGCGCAGUCGUCUAAUUACUUGCCGUCGGGUCUCAACGAUAGCGCGCGCGAUCACCUGGAAGGACUGCGGUUAGAUGGGUCAUCGAUCGGUCCACCAGCCGAGGACACUUCCGCGAGCCCAUCGUCAAGGUGGUCGGUGCCUCGAUAAAGGAUCCAGCCGUUCCAGAACCAUUGACCCGGGGUCGUCGAACGCGUUGGCAGGCGUCGCGAGCUGGAG